UGACGUUAACGUGAAGUCACUGCGCCGGUCAUAUCAUUUAACGGGGGACAGUUUCGCUGUAACACUAGUUCCAAUGGACGUAAAAUGACCGAUAUUAAAGCACCAGACAGGACUUGCUGAGCACCGGAGGACAGCUGACCGAUUGAUAGCGAGUUCCUGAAUGAUAUCUCGCCUCGUGUUGUUACCGGAAGUGUGAGGGGUGUUUCCAUCAGAAGCUCCACAGUCUCUCUCCUCUCCUUCAGCCCAACAUCUAGCUCCUCUCUGCGGCUACACAGCUCUCCUCUGCCCGGGCAACACCUGCGGAGGAACCGGGGGAUCCUCAUGGUCCCAGCCGCCCGGAGAUGGCGUCCUUCCCCGGGUUGAGUUCAGAGGAUCAGGGAGAGGGAGACGGGUCUCUGCUGGAGAUGCUGAAGGCCAUCGCGGAGGAGAGGAUCCGACUGAGCGGCCGGCAGGAGAUCAGCGGCCUGGGUUGUUUUAAGGACGACCGCAUCGUGUUCUGGACGUGGAUGUUCUCCACGUACUUCAUGGAGAAGUUCGCUCCUCUGAAGGACGACAUGCUGUUCUACGUCCGCAGGAAGCUCAGCGCCGACCUCAGCGACGGGAAGAAGGUGGAGGUGGAGGUGUACAGGAGAGACUCGAAGAAGCUUCCGGGCCUCGGAGACCCCGACAUCGACUGGGAGGAGAGUGUGUACCUGAACCUCAUCCUGCAGAAGCUGGAUUACGUGGUGACGUGUGCGGUCUGCACGCGCUCAGACGCAGGAGACAUCCACAUCCACAAGAAGAAAUGUCAGGAGGUGUUUGCGUCUCCCAGUAAACACGCCAUGGACAGCAAAGGAGAAGAGUCCAAGAUGAGCUACCCCAACAUCUUCUUCAUGAUCGACAACUUCGAAGAGGUGUUCAGCGACAUGACGGUGGGCGAGGGGGAGAUGGUGUGUGUGGAGCUGGUGGCGAGCGAUAAGAGCAACACCUUCCAGGGAGUCAUCUUCCAGGGGUCCAUCCGCUACGAGGCGCUGAAGAAGGUCUACGACAACCGGGUGAGCGUGGCGGCGAAGAUGGCUCAGCGCAUGUCCUUCGGUUUCUACAAAUACAACAACAUGGAGUUUGUACGGAUGAAGGGUCCGCAGGGCAAAGGUCACGCAGAGAUGGCUGUCAGCAGGGUCCCGACCGGGGACACGUCACCCUGCGGCACAGAGGAGGACCAGGUGUCCCCGCUGCACGAGAGGGUGACGUCGUUCAGCACCCCCCCCACCCCGGAGAGGACUCGGCCCUCCUUUUUCUCCCCGUCUCUGAGGAGGAAAAUCCCGCGGAGUCGCUGUGCGGAGAUGAAGAAGAGCCACUCAGCCAAUGACAGCGAAGAGUUCUUCAGGGAGGAGGAGGACGAGGAGCUGCACGCCACCUCUAACCUGCGCUCCCGCUCGCUCUCCGGCACCGGGCGCUCAUUGGUCGGAUCGUGGCUAAAACUGAACCGGACCGACGACUACUUCCUGUUGUUCUCUCACCUGACCUACGUCACCCUGCCACUGCACCGCAUCACAGCAGAUAUACUGGAGGUUCGUCAGAAGCCGAUCCUGAUGACAUAGCAGCUCCUCUGAGCCUCAUCUCCACCAAGUGCCUCCUGCAGCAGAGAACUACAACUCCCAGAGAAACUACAACUUCCAAAGGACUACAUCUCCCAGAGGACUGCAACCCCCUUCAACAUGAAUUAUCAUAGAGAACUACAACUCCCAAACCCUGCUUUCCUGAGAGGACUAAAACACCCAGAGGACUACAACACCCAGAGGACUACAACACCCAGAGGACUACGAGGACUACAACACCCAGAGGACUACAACACCCAGAGGACUACAACACCCAGAGGACUACAACCAACUUCCAGGAACCUACAACUCCCAAAACUCUGCUUCACCCAGAGGACUACAACUCACAAAAGAACUACAAUAACCAAACCCCCCUGCUUCACCAGGAGAACUACCAGCCAUUCAGGAAGUGCCUCUUCUUCUUCUUCUUCUACUUAUUUAUCUCCUGCUGCGUCACAUGACCUCAGGAAGUGGAGGGAUUGGCUGAACUCUGGACAGGAAAUGGAGAUCGUGUGUUUCUGUAAAUAAUAACCGCUGCUUUCUCACGCAGACGCCUCCACUCCAGAUCCUGUUCGUUUUGGUAUAGAGCUGCAGACGGAUUCAUAUUUAUAUGUAUUAUUAUUAACACACUUUACGCCCAAUAAACACUUAUUCUUAGACUAACUGGCAGAAAUCUGUCUUUAAAAAUAAGAAAGAACUUAAUAUUUCAACUUAAUUUUCGUUAUUUAGUUUGAAAAAAAGUGCUGGAAUACCAACGAAGAAGCACAACCAGCAGAUACGAUGUAGAACGUGUUGUAAUACAUUUCAAAAACCAGAAUUUUGCUCAAAAAGGAAAUGAAUUCACAAUAUAAGAAUAAAAGCAUUUCAAAGGGUGCUUCUAGAAGCCUGCAGGAUGCGCUGGUCUUAAUGGAAGAUCUCUGCCGUCCGACCAGACGUUUCACACCAUCUUCAUCUCUCUGGAGGAAUUCCACCGGGGGGGAAAUCUCUAAAUAUUUAGAUUUUUUUUAAUAUGAACUCAUUUUCUUUGAGACUAAUGGAUAAUUAUCUAAAAAUAAAUGUAAUAAAUAAAAUGCGAGUCUUGGUUUCUCUCCGCUGACUAAUAUCUCAACAUUUCUGAGUUUUAAUUCUUAGCUGUUUUCCUAAAUAUUACCUCUCUAUUAUUUUUAAACCAACCAAACAUUUCUGUCCUAAAAAACAAGAUGUUCUUAUUUAUUUAGCAAAUGUUUCACUACGACGUGAAAGUAGAGAAACCCAGCGUUGGAUUUUCAUUUAGUUUGAAACUCAGAUUAAAGGAACAGGAGGAGACUUCAAAAGAAUAGUGAAAUUAUUUUACAAAAGGAAUCAAAUCUGAGGAAGCUUCCGGUGUCGAUAGAGCUCCUCCCUCUCUGACGCCUUAAAUCUGACCGUGAGAAACAAGGUUCAUCUUCCAGAAGUCUGUGAUUCAUGAAGUAUGCUCAUAUCUGCAGACUCCAAAGUCACUGAUUGGAGGUUAAACUACUUAAAUCUCACUGAUGUUGUUUUUUUUCAGCUGUUUUUAUUUGUUUGAGUACCUCAAUGUAAUUAAUGCAAAGAGUAAAUUAGCCAAUGAAGUCUCAGAGAAUUUCUCGGGUUUUCUUGUAUUGACACAUUUUCAAGGCUUAAAUCAACUCAGUUUUUGGGUGAAAUACGAUCAUUUUGUCUUUAUUUCAAAUACCUUAAAUUUACGUACAUAUUUAAAGACUGUAAGGCACCAAAUAUAUUAAAAUUAAGAAAUAAAUUGUGAUGAUAACAUCUGAUCUUGGCAUCUAUUUUCAAUAAUUCAGCUCUUAUUUUAAUUAUACUUUCGCUGCACUGCGAGUGAAGCCGUCCGGAUCAAAGUGUUGGUUUCGUUAGUGAAAUGUUCCACAGGGCACUUUUAAUAAUAUCUCAGUGUUAUUAAUGUAGUUUCUGAAUGUAUAUCACGCUGGCUUUAAAUAAAGACAUUUGAUAUGA